AUGCUGCUGCUGCUGCUGCUGUUUCUGGCCAUCUCCUCCCUGGGGAGCUGCAGCACAGGGAGCCUAGUGCCCGUCCCCGAGAAUGACCUGGUGGGCAUCGUGGGGGGCCACAACGCCCCCCAGGGGAAGUGGCCGUGGCAGGUCAGCCUGAGGAUCUACAGCUACCACUGGGCCUCCUGGGUGCACAUCUGCGGGGGCUCCCUCAUCCACCCCCAGUGGGUGCUGACUGCCGCCCACUGCAUUUUCCGGAAGGACACUGACCCGUCCACCUACCGGAUCCACGCCGGGGACGUGUAUCUGUACGGGGGCCGGGGACUGCUGAACGUCAGCCGGAUCAUCGUCCACCCCAACUACUCUGUCUUCUUCCUGGGGGCAGACAUCGCCCUGCUGAAGCUGGCCGCCGGUGUGAGAAAAACAAACACUCCCGCGCCGGUGGCCCUGCCGUGGCAGUCUCUGGAGUUCACUGACAGUGACAACUGCUGGACCACAGGCUGGGGCAAGGUCAGCUUGUUCGAUACGCUGCCGCCUCCUUACCGCCUGCAGCAGGUGAAGGUCCCCGCACUGGGCAACGCAGACUGUGAGCAGCAGAUCCACGAUGCUUUUCCUGGUGCUGGAGACAGAAAGUUCAUCCAGGACGACAUGAUCUGUGCCGGCCGCCCGGACCGCCGCACCUGGAAGGGUGACUCAGGCGGCCCCCUGGUCUGCAAGAAGAAAGGUACCUGGCUCCAGGCGGGAGUGGUGAGCUGGGGAUUUUACAGUCAUCGGUCCAGCAUUGGCGUCUACACAUGAGUCCAGACCUACGUGC